AUGCCUGCAGGCUCUCUUCGUAAAAAGAAACUGGCAAAAAGACCUGGAUACAUGAGGCCAGAAGCUCAGCGACAGAUAGAGUUUCAGUCCCUGGGUGCCUGCAAGCCAUUCAACCCAGAAGAGCUCAAACAUGGCAGGCAGCACUGUGGAGACUUUGAGAACUGCUCUCUCUGCAGACAAUACAAAAAUAACUUUGAAUUCUUACACUGUAGUUCAGUUGCAAAUUGUGCUGUAGUUCCUGCUAAUGGGGAAACAGUGUUGGCCGCUACUGGAAAUAUGCCAGGGAGCUGCAAAAAUCUUUCAUGUUGGAAGAGUCCACAAUCAGAAAACACAGUGAUACCGGUUUACCCUGCCGCAGCAACAAGCAAAGGAGAUGUUUCUGCUGUAUGCUGUACAUGGCGGAAGAGCCAUGGCGUGAAAGUGAGCGAGCCCCAAAACAUGUAUGCUUUGGAUCAAACGGAAGUGAAUAACAACAGUGAAUAUCAAAACAGAGAUGUUGUUUCUCGUUCUGUUGGUGCACAUGAUAGCUUUAGUUCAAGUUUCAGCUUUAUACAGCUCUCCCUGAACUCAUCCUCUGGAGUAAGCGAUGCUGAAGGCAAGUCAACUGUUGAGGAAGCUGAAUACGUUCUGCAUCCCAGCAUCGCGGGAAAUCUGCAGAAGCCAGCAGAGAUAGCGCAGACUCAUGAGCACUCGAGAGCUUUGCAUUGCUUCUCCAGGCCCAGAGAGGAUUUGGAGGAUGAAAAUGAGACCACAGCAAAUGAUAAACUACAGGACUAUGAGACUCUCUCUCUCUCGGAUACAGAUGCAACAUUUUCAUAUUCUACAGAUUCCUCAGAUGCAGCAUCUGCUGGCUCUUCUGUCACCUCAGGCUAUGAAAGUAGCUUUACUGUUAGUGACCAUAACUGGGAUACUUUGAUGAAAAAAUACGAACCAGUGCUACAGGACUGCCUGCUUGGCAACCGCAGUACAUUAAAGAUAAAAUCCUUGAUCUUACGUCUUCAGAGGCUUCAGGAAAAAGCAAUAGAGGAAGAUGACUAUGAUAGAG